AUGCCAAUUCCUUGGGCUGACCAGCCUACCAACACCGGCCGGCUGGUCUGGCUCAAAGCAUUAGUUGAGUGGUUUGAGAGUCGCCGACCGAAGACCAGAUCGCGGACGGUUGAUCAAUGUCCUGCGAAUAACAAUUUCAGCCGUGGGGGACUGCAAAGUGACCUUGUCUCUUCCUCUUGGCAAAUUUUCCGCCAGGGGAUUUCGCAUUUUACUGAACCUUCGGCCUUUUGCCGACAUGUCUCCUUCCUUUCGAAUUUUUGUCAACCCUCUUCUGAUGCAUGUGAACUCAUUGAGAACUCGCGACCUUAA